GCGGCUUGGGGUGGUUCCCGGCUUUUGGAAGCCCGGGGUGGCCCUGACGGAAUCUGCUGCUCAGGGAGCUGCGGGUGCUGGAGCUGCGGCAGAGCCAUGGAGAUGGACCAGUUGACAUUCAGCGAUGUGGCCAUUGAUUUCUCUCCAGAUGAAUGGGAAUACCUGGACCUUCCUCAGCGGAAACUGUACAGGGAUGUGAUGAUAGAGAACUCCAGAAACCUGAUCUCUGUGGCUCUUUCUCAUCAUUGUACCCUGAACUUUUCACCAGAACAGAUCCUAAAAUAUGUCUUUGAAAAAGUGACUAAUGGAAGUUGUGGAAGUUACAGCCUUAAGAGUUUACACAGAAGAGAAGAUUGGGCAAAUGUACGUGAGAGUAAAGGUCAAACAGCCUACCAUGGUGAACAUAACCAGUGUGUGAUCAUAAACAAUACCAAAGAUGUCGCUGACAACAGAGAUCAAGAACAGAAAACAGCUAUGGAAAAAACUCAUGCCAGGACGGGUAUUUUUGAUGAGCCAUGUAUUUAUGAGCAAAAAUAUUUACAGGAAAUUUUUCAGUGUAACUUCACUUUGAAAGGAAGUUUGGAAGAUCUGAGAGGGGGAUUAAUCCUUCACUCAAACAAUUUUGUAGACAAAGGAGUGAGAAACAGAGAAGCCAUCUCUAAAAGUGAUCAUGUAGAGACUUCCUAUCCUGAAAGAUCCUUAUUCCUCAGUCAGCAAAUAGAUCCUUCCUGUGGCCAAAUACACAAUACUAAUGAUCAUAGGUUGCCUGCUAUUGAUCCAUUAUUGCACAGCCAAAAUCGAGAUACAGAUAUUUGGAAAACCCCCUACAUGUGUAAAGAAACUAGUAAAGCUUUUAGUAAUGGAUCUACACUAAAUAAUUGCAAAGAUAUGAUUAUUGUAGAGAAAUCUGGUCAGUGUAACAAAGUACAUAAUAACUUUGACCAUUGCUCAGGUACCAACAAACAUCAAUGUUCUUCUCCAGAGAACCCUUUCAGUUGUGAAAAUUUCUUUACUCAGUGUUCAAAGCUUUCUAUUCAUCAAGAUAACUGUAUUCAAGAUAGUCAUUGCAAGAGUAAAGAUUCUGACACAAAGUUUAAUCAAACCUCAAACCUUUUGAUGCCUAAAAUUCAGCAUACCCAGAAAUCCUACAAGUGUAAUGAAUGUGGCAAAGCCUUUAAGUAUUGCUCUAGUUACAGUAAACACAGCGUAACUCACACAGGAGAGAAACCCUACAAAUGUAAAAUAUGUGGGAAAUCCUUUACCCAGCGUGCAAGCCUCAAAAAACAUCAGAGAAUCCACACUGGAGAGAAGCCCUACAAAUGUGAAGAAUGUGGCAGGAGCUUUAACCACUGCUCAAUUCUUAGUCAGCACCAGAGAAUCCACACAGGAGAGAAACCCUAUAAAUGUAAACACUGUGAAAAAUCCUUUACCCAGUGUGCAAGCCUGAAAAAACACCAGGUAAUCCACACUGGAGAGAAGCCCUACACCUGUGCAGAGUGUGGCAAAGCCUUUACCCAAAGCUCAACCCUCAGUGAGCACCAGAGAAUCCACACUGGAGAGAAACCCUACAAAUGUGAAGAGUGUGGAAAAGCCUUUACCCAGUGUUCAAGCUUGAGAAAACACCAGAGAAUUCACACUGGAGAAAAACCCUACAAAUGUGAAGAAUGUGGCAAAGCUUUUAACUGUCGUUCAUCUUUUACUAAACACCAGAGAAUUCACACAGGAGAGAAACCUUACAAAUGUAGAGAGUGUGACAAAGCUUUUAUCCAUUGCACAAACCUUACUCAACAUCUGAGAAUCCACACAGGAGAAAAACCAUACAAAUGUAAUCAAUGUGGAAAAUCCUUUAGUCAGUGUUCAAACCUUAGAAAACAUCAGAGAAUUCAUACAUGAGUGAAACCAUCAAAUGUUAAUAAUCUAGUAAAGCCUUUAUACAUAGUCAAAAACUUGCUUAAUGUCAUAUAAUUCAAACUGGUGAGUCCCACAGAGGCAGUGGAUGAAGCAAAGUCUAUGACUGUCAUUCACAAGUUUCAGAAAAUUAAUUCUUCCUGGGAGAAACAAUACCAAAUUCUUAGGUUUAUAAGCCUUUGCUAGACACCACAGAAUUCACUUUAGAGAGAACCAAAAAUGAUUUUUUUAAUGUGAAAAAAAAUGCAGUUGGCUAUCUCUUACUAAAUAUUGAAUUCACGCAAGACAAAAACUGGAAAAUGUUCAGAACCUGGCAGUGUCCAACUUGCACUAAACACAAAAAUUCAUACCUGAGACAAACCCUACAAGUGUAGAAAAAGUGACAAAGACUUUUAUGAUUUUGCACACCGUAAUAGCAGAGUUUACACUGGAAUGGAACACUGCAAAUAUACCAAAUGUUUCAAAGCCUUUAAAUCAAGGUACAAAGCUUUUUAACAUCAGACAAUAUAGGAAAAUUUUCAGCUUUGUCCCAAAUGUACAACCUAAAGAGCAGUAAAAUACUCAUGUUCUGUGCAAGUCUAAAAAGUGUAAUAAGGCCAUAGUUCAUAUAUAGGCUCUAAAUAGAAUUGAUAGUAGAAGUCUAUAAGUAUAAAUGUUGUAAAACCUUCAGUUGUUGCUUAAGCUUUACACUCUUCAUUGACCCUCAUAGCUCUCAGAGAAUAGUACCAACAACUCGCUUCUCGAAAUAUAUGAUUGUAUUACAUAUUAAAAGUUUGUGAAUAUGCACACUCAUGAGAACUGAGCAUUAAAGAACAAGACUCAUUUCUGAAUGUAAUGAGUGUUUUUCCAAAGAUAAUGCAUUUUCCUUAUCGUAGAUAAAGCUAUGGAUGACAGAUGUUACUAAUACAUUCUUGGGUAAACAGUGGAAUAACCUAUUAACGAUAUACCCCAGGACAUUUACAUGAUUUUCCCCAAAACAAUGUGGCAGGCUAAGAGGGUUCAGAGUAUUUGGGCACUGAGACUGCUGCCUGCCCAGGAUAAGAGGGAGAAGAAUGCCCUUGAGGCCCUCAUGCAGCGCCAGCUUCUAAUUGUGACCAGCUCCAACACAGACAUUCCCGUGCUGAACAUCCAAUUUCUGUUACACACAGUAAAGGCCACAUGCCAAGGUGAGGGCAGCACAGAGGUCUUGGUGUUUCUUGAACAGAUCAAAGGGUGAUCCCAGCAGAGCAGCACUAGCUGCUGCUGCUACCACCACCACUGUCUGCAGUCGGCUAGCUUGGUGGAACAUGCAGAGGCCAAAUGCAGGCAUAUAACUGUUCAGGGUUGCAAGAUUCACUAAUGGGCUGUGGUGCCACUGACCUACCCAGGAAGCCAAGAGGGAACAUGUGCGCCAGUGUCCACAAGAGAUGCCGGGGCUGCACAAGCAGCUGAGAUAUGACUCCGUUAGCCCUGGGAGCCCUGGAUAGGUGAGAGGAGGGGUUGUUUUGAAGUAUAAGAAGCCACCUGCUUGAAAGUUCACCUGACCCUUUCUCACAGUGCAGCAGGCAUUGGAGUCAAUUUUUCCAUCUAGAAGGGACCUGGAGAGAAGGAAGGGGUCCAUCAGACAGACAGCGAACCCUGAUGAAUGAUGUGCAGGAACUGGCCAGGUGGAGAGGUCUGAUGUGUGUCUGUAGGUUGGGAUAGGGGUACAAGGGUCCUAACCUGAGCCUCAGUUUUUAUUGUGGCCUAAAUGGUGUCCAGUCUAUGUUGGGACACUGUGUGUGUGACCCAGUCUAGAUCAGGGAGUGAAAGGGGGUACAGGCAGAGCUAUCCAGGUUUACCCCAGUUAAGAGUUUAUAGGAUCUGGCAGGCAAAGGGGUUGCAUGUAACACAGGAGGGGUCUAUAGGUUGGGAGUAAGAGGCAAGCCCCCGGCCCCAGGCUUUAAAGUUUUAUAACUUAGAAUACUUCCUGUUCUCUCUGCUUCCCGAAUGUUGGCUGGUUUCAGGUUCCUGUUGCUGUGCCUUCCCUGACAAAGCAGACUCUGCCUCUAAAAUUAUAAGCAAAAAGGAAAUUAUUUCUCCCUAAAGUUGUUUUUAUGUGGGAAUUGUAUCGCAGCAACAUAAUAGAAACUAAUAGGUUCCUUGGGUCACGCCUCCAAAAUAAGAGUUCAAAGACAUUUGCCCUUUUACCAAAAUAGUGAUAAAAACAAGGAAUGUAUUUCAUUAUUCAGAAAUAGGAAUAACAGUCAUGAUAAAUGAAGUGCAGGUAUGCUCAGUGCUUUAAAGUUGCAAAACUUGAGAGAUUUAUUUGCCUAGGGUUGUAGGGUCUGAUGUAUGUUAGGUUCCUAUUAAAUUGAUUCAUUUUGUUAAUUGGUUCCUAUUAAAUAGUAUUUAAAUGAAACUAAUGAAUUAAUCCAUUAGUGUCUGUUCUAAUAAGAUCUGCAGUAGAUGAGCACACGUGCUUGGCAGGUGUUUUCUGUUGCAUUUUCUGCCAUCAGCAACAAUGAAGACAAUGUAGAAAACCAUUAGAAGGGAUGGAGUAAGUGAUGUGAAUCUUUCUUUUAGCUGUGGAGGUUGGCUUUUGAGGUUUGUUGUUGUUGUAUAUGCAUACUCCAUGCAUGUAUUAUGUGCAUUAUUGUGUAUCUAGUACCCACAUAAGUUGGGAGUGUGACAUCCCAUGGACCUGGAGCUACAGAUGGUGGUGGACACUGUGUGGAUGCUGGGAAUCAACCCACCUCCUCUGAAAAAGCAACAAAUGCUCAUAACCAAUGAGCUAUCUCCCAAGCUCCUAUGUUUUUAAAUAAAAUAUUGCCUGUG